UGUUUUUAAAACCUGAAAAACCAUUUCACCAUAAUCUAAUUUCUCUCAAACAUAGAAACACAAAAAAAAGCAUGAAUUUGUUCAACAAACCCAAACAAUCAUCAUCUUCUUCAUCAGCACCACCACACUUACAACUCCAACAAACUUUCAAGAAUCUGCAAACCCAUUUCUCCAAUUUCCUUGAAACCACUUUCCCACAACUCAACACCCCUCAAAAUUCACCCCCAUGGGGUAAAAUUGGUGUUAAUAACAAUACUGUAAGAAAGCAACAAUCUUUAUCUACUGAAUCAAUUGAAGAAAGAUUAGCUGGAGUUCCAGUUUAUGCACUUAGUAAUGCUUCUCAAGAAUUCGUUCUUGUUUCGGGUGUUAGUACUGGAAAAAAUCUUGGUCUCUUUUGUUUUAAUGAAGCUGAUGCUGAAGCUCUUCGUCAACAAAUGGAAUCUAUGGACCCCACUAUGCGAAACGGGUCUCGGGUUGUUCCUGUUGCUCUUAAUAAGGUUUUCCAGCUCAAAGUUGAUGGAGUUGCUUUCAGGUUGAUACCAGAGGCAUCUCAAGUAAAGAAUGCAAUGAAGGAAAGGGAAAGGACUGGAGCGUCUGAUGAGAGCUUUUAUGGUGUUCCGGUUUUUCAGUCAAGGAGCUUAGUUCUGAGGAGCCAAAACAAGAGAUAUCGUCCUGUUUUCUUCAGGAAGGAGGACCUGGAGAAUUCGCUAGUAAGAGCUUCUCAGCAGCAAGGGCGUUUGAAUCCCGCUUUGAAAGGAGAUAUUCAGGUUGCGGUUCUGGAGGAUAUAAUACAAGGUAUGAAGGAUGCUUCGACGUCAAAGUGGGACGAUGUUGUAUUUGUUCCUCCGGGUUUCGAUGUUUCAACAGAUUCCUCCCAGAAGUAAGAUAAAUUUACACCAGAAGACUAGCUACUUGAACCUAUAUUAUCCUAUAUUUUUUGAUAUUUGUGUGUAAAUUGAAACUUUUUUACUACGAAUUAGGUCCUGUUAUUAGACAAUUCUUAUAUAGAAACUUGAGCUAGGAUUUCUGAAGUGUUUUUACAAUUUGUAGACAAAUUAUGUAUACAAUUGACUUGCUCUGA